CUGCUCACGGAGCUUGCCACAAAACACACUUUACCCAUGCAAUGGCUACUCCCUCAAGCUCAGCUCUGAUGCGGUGGAUCAUUCUUCUUUUAACUCUCUCAGGGGCCAAGUCAUCAAACCAGCCAUUUAAAGUGACAGAGGGGAGCUCUGUGGUCCUUGCCUGCCAUUACUCAGUGAGACGUCAUGGUCUAAGCCAUGUAUGUUGGGGCCGGGACUGUGGGACCUUCUGGUGUAAUGACAUUCUUGUGCAAGCAGAUGACAACGGAGUUAUUUCAAAAAUAUCUGACAGAUACCGACUCAUUGGAGACGUUCUCUCAGGCCAAAUGGAUCUUGGAAUUCAGAAAAUACAGCAAAUAGACAGUGGGUCCUAUUGCUGCAGGGUGGAUAUAGACGGGCUUUUCAAUGACAAAAAAGUGUCCUAUACACUGAAUGUUUUGAAAGCUCCAACUACAAUGGCACCAUUAACAACACCUGCACACAGCACUGAGCCUCCUCUGGCCCCAACAGAACACUGGAGGAGUGCCAUGUCAUCUCAUCUUGAUAUUUUAAGGAAGAAUUUAAGUCAAGUUCAAUCUGAAACACUGUUUGAAGACUCAUUUCCAAGCAUCACACUGCAGAUCAAUAUACCAGUGCUCUCCCUGUCCCUAAGUCUUUUGCUACUCCUCGUGGGUGCUCUGCUACUGCUGGGUUUCAAACGUGGACUUCACAAAAAAGCUCUACAGGGAGGAUGCUUGUCAUCAAAAGAGCCACCUCAUAUCAUCUAUGAAAUCAGGACCAGGAGACCAAUUACAGAGAAUAUCUACACUAUUGACUAGGGCAUCAAACCAUGUAGUCUGUGGCUGUAUUGUAUUAAUUGCUGUAGUCCUUGCACACACAUUUUGAAUACUUUACACAUCUCCAUAUGUAGGUGCAUAUUAUUGAUGCAUAUUAUGAAAUGUAAUGUUACAAAACAUUACAUGCACAUACAGUAGUAACAAUAAAAAGAAGUGGAUUGACUACAAUCCAGCAUUAGCCACAGUUUAUCUUAAAAUACUUCAUUGUCAUUAAAAAAAAAAAAAUAGCCCAGUAACCGGUGUCAUUCGAUUCCAGCUAUUAUUAGUAUAUCAAUUUGGCAUGCAAAUAUUCUCCCGUUUAGAGACUAGUUCAGGUUGAUCACGUCCACGAAGACAGAUUCCCAUUGGUUAACGUCUUGUGAUCUCCUUCAGAGAAACGAGGUUAUAGUCAUAACCCCAUGUCAUGUUUUGGUCUUGCUUUUGUUGAUUGUACACCACUUUAGUCAACUGUUGUUUUAAAAAAGCUUAUAAAUAAACUGACAUUGACAUGCAGUA